AAUGAACUGUAAUAUUUAGAUUUUCGUGUAAGAAGAAGAGUAGCUCUCUAUCUCUCUGGUUCUUAACAUAGAAAAGAUUGAGCUUCAAAAGUCUAAACUUUUGAAAAGAACGCUAAGACUUUCAUAGCCUAGCUAACGACUAAAACUUUUUCAUCUGUAUGUGUAUAGAUCAAAGGCCAUGGAGAUUUAAAGAUAUCAUCAGAAUCUCAUUGUAAGAUCUUCUUAUGGCAUUGAUUGUUGAAUAGCCAAUGAGAAAUUUAGUUUAGUUGUAAUCUUGUGACAAAUUGGAACCUUUUGGGCAUUAUGCAUGUCUGGCCCUGUGGCCAUUGCUGAUAAUUUUGUUGAACGGACACUAACUUCUGCAGACAGAACGAAGUCUGUUGAUAUCAUCUCUGAUGGAGACCAUUUAUCUGUAUUAACCAAUGGUGAAGCUGCCCAUGCUUCUUCCGAAGCUGCAUCCUUUAGAGUUGGGGAGCUUGUUCUUACCAAUGGGGAACAUUAUUGUGGGUCAUUGCUUGGAAAUGUACCUGAAGGCAAGGGGAAAUAUGUUUGGUCUGAUGGUUGUAUUUAUGAUGGAGAGUGGAGACGGGGGAUGAGGCAUGGAAAUGGAAAAAUUCAAUGGCCUUCCGGAGCUGCUUAUGAGGGUGAAUUUUCAGGCGGUUAUAUGCAUGGUACAGGGACCUAUAUUGCUUCCAAUAGUAUGACCUAUAAAGGAAGAUGGCGGUUGAAUCUCAAGCAUGGAUUAGGAUACCAAGUUUUUCCUAAUGGAGAUAUCUUUGAGGGCUCUUGGAUCCAGGGAACGCCAGAAGGACCUGGCAAGUAUACCUGGGCAAAUGGCAAUGUUUAUCUAGGGAAUAUGAAAGGAGGUAAAAUGACUGGUAAAGGGACUCUUACGUGGAUAAAUGGCGACUCAUUUGAGGGAAGCUGGUUGAAUGGCAUGAUGCAUGGAUUUGGAGUAUAUACAUGGAACGAUGGUGGUAGCUAUGCUGGAACUUGGACACAUGGUCUCAAAGAUGGAAAAGGAUCAUUUUAUCCAAAAGGAAGCCGGUAUCCGGCUAUACAGGAACGGUACUUGAAUGCUCUGAGAAAAAGAGGGUUACUGCCAGAUUUAAGAAAGCAGAACCAUGCACAUAUCCAUCAUGCAUCAUCAGUGGAUAUGGGGAAUGUCAAGAUCAGUGGGGACCAGGGGUCUCGUCAUACUGUAUCUAGUAAACUAUCUAAGGGAAACUUGCUAACUUUGGAGCAGUCUUGCAACAGAAAUGUUUCCCUAGAAAGGCGUUGGAGUCUUGAGGUAUCUAUUGAAAAAGUGAUAGGACAUGAUUCAUCAUUAGAGCUAUCUGACUCUGUCUUUGAAGGCAUGGAGAAAGAGGUUGAAACAAAUGUACCGCCAAUCUUGGAACGUGAAUAUAUGCAAGGUGUUCUAAUUAAUGAACUUGUGAUAAAUAAUAGUUUUUCAUCAUCGUCUAGAAGAGCCAGACGGCGGCAAAAGAAACUUGCAAAAGAGGUUAAGAGGCCUGGUGAAACAAUCAUUAAAGGGCAUAGGAGUUAUGAUCUGAUGCUCAAUUUGCAGCUUGGAAUCAGGUAUACUGUUGGUAAAAUCACUCCCGUGCAGAGGCGAGAAGUUCGCUCAUCAGAUUUUGGUCCAAGAGCAAGCUUUUGGAUGCAUUUUCCAAAAGAUGGAUCGCAGUUAACACCACCUCACCAAUCAGAUGACUUUAAGUGGAAAGAUUACUGCCCAAUGGUUUUCAGGAAUUUAAGGGAGAUGUUCAAGAUAGAUGCUGCCGACUACAUGAUGUCCAUUUGUGGAAAUGAUGCUCUUAGGGAACUUUCAUCUCCUGGUAAAAGUGGUAGCAUUUUUUUCCUGUCUCAAGAUGAUCGCUUCAUGAUUAAGACACUCCGGAAAUCCGAAGUAAAGGUACUCCUGAAGAUGCUUCCAGAUUAUCACCAUCAUGUGCGAUCAUAUGAAAACACACUUAUAACAAAAUUUUUUGGUCUUCACAGGAUCAAACCCUCAAGUGGUCAAAAGUUUCGCUUUGUAGUGAUGGGAAAUAUGUUCUGCACAGAAUUGAGGAUCCACCGAAGGUUCGAUUUGAAAGGUUCAUCGCUAGGUCGUUCUACAGACAAAAUUGAAAUUGACGAGAACACAACAUUGAAGGACUUGGAUCUAAACUACUGCUUUUACUUGGAACCUUCUUGGCGUGAAGCUUUAUUGAAGCAGAUUGAAAUUGACAGUAAAUUUUUGGAAGCACAACACAUUAUGGAUUAUAGCCUUUUGCUUGGGGUGCAUUAUCGAGCCCCCCAACACCUGCAAUCUCUGAUGUCCUACCGUCGAAGCUUGAGAGCUGAAGGAUUGGGAGUGUUGGCAGAGGAUGCAGAUACAAUAGAAGAUGAAAAUUAUCCACAAGGUCUUCUCUUGGUACCCCAUGGAACAGAUGAUAAUAGUGUUGUUGUGGGUCCUCACAUCAGAGGAAGUCGAUUGCGAGCAUUUGGUGAUGAGGAAGUGGAUCUCGUUCUUCCUGGUACAGCAAGACUCCAAAUCCAGCUUGGUGUGAACAUGCCUGCAAGGGCAGAGCAGAUUCCAGGGAAAGAGGAAAAAGAGACAUUCCACGAAGCAUACGACGUUGUUCUUUAUCUAGGCAUAAUUGAUAUACUGCAAGAGUACAACAUGAGUAAGAAGAUAGAACAUGCAUACAAAUCUCUUCAGUUCGAUUCCCUGUCCAUCUCUGCUGUGGAUCCAACAUUUUACUCCAGUCGCUUCCUAGAGUUCAUCCAAAAGGUGUUUCCCACUAAUACCAUUUCAAGCUAAAGAACAUUUUGGUUUUGAUACAUUUUUAAAUCAGCUUGUAAGUGUUAUCUUGAUACUGUACAACUCUUUUCCAUAUAUCUCAUGAUUGAUAGUGUGAAAUUCUUGUA